AGCCGAGGAGAUCCAAAUUCCAAACGUGUAAAUAGCGAGCAACGACGAUUUUACCUGCUCGCUCUCUCUCUCUCUCUCACUCUCUCUCUCUUUCUCAUAUUCUACACGUAGAGAGACUCAUCUGAGAAACAACGUUAAAAAACAGACACAUUUUCAGGUUGAUUCUUUCGACAAUUCAGUUUCUGAUAACGUCAAAGCCCAUCUCUGAUUUUUGAAUUUUUUUGAUGUUCCCGAUAUUUGGGAUUUUUCGCAAUCGGCUAGAAUUCUCGGUUCUUCAAUUUGGGUCCGAAAAUUUUAUUUCCCUUUUGUGAAUUCAGAGAGAAAUGAAGGCGAUGAGGACCGUACAGGAUUUGAUCGAGGAGGCUAAGCUUCGAACGGUUUGGUGGGCUUUGUGUAUCUUCGCCGUUUCAUACUUCAUGACCCAUACGAGUAAAUCAAUGUGGAUGAAUAUACCCAUAUCUAUUCUGUUUGUUUCUGCACUUCGCAUUCUUUUAAAUGAAGUAGAGUUCCGCUGGAAGGUUCGAUCAGUCCAUCCACCAACAUAUUUGUCUCAUUUGGAGAAGAAACAGUUGUCAGUAAAUGAUUCACGCCUUUCUACUAUGCCUCCCCCUCCAAAAUGGAAAAGGAAAAUUGAUUCUCCUGUUGUUGAGGCUGCAAUGAGUGAUUUUAUUGAUAAAAUUUUGAAGGAUUUUGUUGUAGAUCUGUGGUAUUCAGAAAUUACCCCAGACAGGGAGUUUCCUGAGCAGAUACGUGCUAUAAUCAUGGAUGCUCUUGGUGAAAUCUCGGGAAGGGUUAAAGAGUUAAACCUUGUUGACUUGCUCACAAGGGACAUAGUUGAUUUAAUAGGGAAUCACUUGGACCUCUUCAGAAGAAACCAAGCUGCUAUAGGUGUUGAAGUUAUGGCAAUGCUUUCUUCUGAGGAGAGAGAUGAAAGAUUGAAACACCAUCUUAUGGCUUCUAAGGAGCUUCAUCCUGCGUUGAUAUCUCCUGAGAGUGAGUACAAGGUUCUUCAACGGCUAAUAGGUGGAGUGUUAGCUGUGGUACUCAGACCACGAGAAGCUCAAUCUCCUUUGAUUAGAUCCAUUGCUCGAGAACUUGUAACUUGCUUGGUUGUGCAACCAGUUAUGAAUUUUGCAAGCCCUGGGUACAUCAACGAGUUGAUUGAAUACAUUUUGCUUGCCCUUAACGAUGACAGCCUUAAAGGGGUAGGUAAUUAUGAGUCGACUAAUGUGGUGGCUCAUCCCCUUGAUCAUCCUCUUGCUGCAGGGGCUGUACGUGAUGAUGUUACUGCCUCAAGGAAAUAUUCAUCCUUUUCUCAAGGGACUGAUAUGAAAUCAGAUAAAAUUAACAAUCAGAGAGAAAUAACCCUGGAUUAUAACACAGAAGUGCCUAUGAACCAGUCUGCUGAUUGGGCACGAGUGCUGAAUGCUGUGACCCAGAGGAGAACUGAAGUUCUUACUCCUGAAAAUCUCGAGAACUUGUGGACAAAAGGAAGAAAUUAUAAAAAGAAAGAACUGAAGAAAAUCAAAGCAGGGCUUCAAGAUCCUAUAACAAAGGGUUCUGGAACAAAAAAUGCUAUACCUAAUAAAGAUCUGGGAAAGGAAACUUUAACCAACAUGCCUGAAAUAUAUGUAGGAAUAGAUCAGAGAGCUGUAAAGCAGCUAACACAUGGACUAGGUAUUGAUGUUCUAUCAAGUGAUGGGAACAAAACUGGGAAACAGUUCUUUCAGGAUCCUAACAAAAAAUUGUCUUUUGAGGGAGGGCAUCCUGUUAAUGAAUUGGAGCAUACUAAUACUCCUGUAGCUGAUGGAAAUAAAGGUUGUCUUAAGAGAUCCAAUAGCACUUCUGCUUUGGUAGUCCAACCUCAUACAGAAAAGACAUUUACAGGAGAACAUGGAGGGUCCAUUAUUUCGGAGUUCUACAGCGCCAAUGUUGGCAGGCAUAAUGAAGAGCAUUAUGGCAGGAGUGCUUCAGACAUGGUGUUUCACAGUGAGGGACAACAAUUUCCCAAGCUUAGGUGCCGGGUUAUGGGAGCAUACUUUGAGAAACUUGGAUCAAAAUCUUUUGCUGUUUAUUCAAUUGCAGUGACAGAUGCAGAAAAUAGGACUUGGUUUGUGAAAAGAAGAUACAGGAAUUUUGAGCGAUUACAUCGGCAUCUUAAAGAUAUUCCUAAUUAUACUUUACAUUUGCCUCCCAAAAGGAUAUUCUCAUCAAGCACAGAGGAUGCUUUUGUUCAUCAGCGCUGCAUUCAGCUUGAUAAAUAUCUGCAAGAUCUCUUGUCAAUAGCUAAUGUUGCUGAACAACAUGAAGUGUGGGAUUUUUUGAGUGCUUCCUCUAAGAAUUACUCUUUCGGGAAAUCUUCCUCAGUGAUGAGAAGCCUGGCAGUCAAUGUUGAUGAUGCGGUGGAUGAUAUUGUGCGUCAGUUCAAAGGGGUUUCAGAUGGCUUAAUUCGUAAAGUUUCUGGUCCAUUACCCACUUAUGAAGCAUCUUCUUCAACAGCAAGCCGAAACUUACCCUUGAAUGCAGAUGAUAUAAAUAGAAAUGUUUCAAGUCAUUAUAGUGUGGGAACUGAAAACAGUUAUUCUGAUAAUGAAGAAGGUGACAAGGAUGAAAAUGAUGGCCAUGAGGAAGUCAAUAGUAGCACCAAUGGGUGGCAUUCAGACAAUGAAUUGAACUCCAAAAGCUUUCCCCCUCGAGUAAUCAAAUGUGGUGAAGAGCCUAGGAACUUGGGUUCGGAGAAGAGACAUGGUUUAAUGGUGAAAUCUGGGAUAGACCAGGGUGGAUUUCCAGCAGCAGAUCUCCUGGUAAUCUCAGAUCACUGGGAGGACCCAGUUGGAAUGCCACCUGAGUGGACUCCGUCUAAUGUUAGUGUUCCUCUGUUGAAUCUAGUUGAUAAGAUAUUUCAGCUCAAGAGAAGAGGCUGGCUAAGAAGACAGGUCUUUUGGAUAUCAAAACAAAUAUUGCAGUUAAUAAUGGAAGAUGCAAUUGAUGACUGGCUCUUGAGGCAGAUUCAUUGGCUCCGGAGAGAUGACGUUAUCGCUCAAGGGAUUCGGUGGGUUCAAGAUGUUCUCUGGCCUGAUGGCACAUUCUUCAUGAAAUUAGGGACUGCUCAGAGUAAUGAUGAUGAUACUGAACCUAAUCAAAAACCUUCUCAAACUACAACUCGAUUUGGUGGCAGUAAGAUCUCUACGUUGGGGGCUUUUGAACAACAGCUUGAGGCUGCUCGCAGAGCAAGUGAGGUCAAGAAAAUGCUAUUUGAUGGAGCUCCAACGGCCUUGGUCAGCUUGAUUGGGCAUAAGCAGUACAGGCGUUGUGCAAGAGACAUUUAUUAUUUCACUCAGUCUACUACUUGUGUGAAGCAACUUGGAUACGCGAUACUAGAAAAAUCACUUGUAUCAGUUUUCCCCGAGCUGAAGAAUCUUGUUCAUGAUGUUCAUGGGAAGAUGAGUAUUCCACAACCUGUAUAGGACGUUAACGGAUACCUUUUACUCUAACCUUGUGGGAGUUGUCUGGUUAUCUUCCCUGUGAUCAUGAAGCUGAAAAAUUGAGAUGUUUUCCAAGGUUGGCAAGAUCAUGUAUUAGGUUACGUGGUGCCAAUAAUUUUUAUCAACAAACUGGAGCCUCGAAUGUUUAAAUAUAUGGGAAAUUCUUUUCUUCUUGGGAAUAUGGGAAGUAACUUUGGAUCUCUCUCAUUUUAACUGUACAAAAACGUAGAAUUAGAGUGUAUAGAAAUCAUCUUUUGUGUACACCUACUGCUCAUUUGAGCUAUUCCCAUUUGGCAGGGAUUUUGUAUUGUCGCAGACACUAGUAUACAAAAUCAUUGAUAUUCUUUUUCAUCACCAUUAUUUCAAAUUUCAAAACAUUAUUAGUUGCACAAA